GAGGAGGAAGUGUUUUGGUAAGGGGGGUGUUUUCCCCCAUAUAGCCGAGCAGGGGUUAAUAAGCCCUCAUUUCUCAUGCACCUCGGUGGCAGCAGUCUGCGAAAUUUCCAGUAUGCAUGAACACAAGCUGAAAACUGCUCUCUUCAAACCCAGCGGGACUCACGCAACUUUCUGACUGAACUUCACGCGUUUUCGACAUUUUUUUCCCCUCACAGCACCUGACGGAUGUUUGACUCUUAUCAGAACGUAUACACAUAUAAAUGUUUUUUUUGAUCGCUUUAAACUCAUCUGAGGUGAGGGAGGGGAAAGAGAAAUCCGUCGUGUAAAAUGUGAGGUGUGCGCACGCGUCCUCACGUAUCUGACGACGAGACUCCGCCGGCCAAUUUACUUCAUCUUGGAGCCUGACAGCUGAAUUGUUUUGGACAUGAUGAACUUAAAAGUUCAGUGCGUUCUAGUUUUCUUUACUUUUUAUGUGCAACAGGGAUUAUCGAGGGAUUUUGAGGCAAACCUUGGAGCCAAUAUUCUUUUACAGAGAGGAAAACGUCAAAGCAAACCAACGAAACCAGCGCUCAAGGUGACAGACUACCAUGUGAGGUGUUCAGUGGUGUCCCGCUAUGCUGUCACCACAGUCCAGAGCUCAGUAUGGAACCAGCUGCCCAUCACUAAGGAGGCUGCCUUUGAGGUGGACCUGCCCUCGUCUGCUUUCAUCUCCAACUUCACCAUCACCUCCAAUGACAAGGUGUAUGUGGCCCAGGUGAAGGAAAGAGCUGCUGCCAGGAAAAUUUACGAUGCUGCUAAGAAGCAAGGAAAAACAGCUGGACUUGUUGCUACCAAAGAGAGGGAGAUUGAGAAGUUUCGCGUGGCAGUGAGUGUACCGUCGGGAGCUCGGAUGUUCUUCUCCCUGUCCUAUGAGGAGCUGUUGCCCCGUCGACUCGGUCGUUAUGAGCUCAGUCUGGGUCUGAGACCUGGACAACCUGUGCAGAACCUCACAUUAGAUGUCAGUAUAACAGAGCGGACGGGCAUCAGUUUCAUCAAAGUCCUUCCUCUCAAAACAAGCCGACUGCUUUCCAACACCGCUCAAGGCGAAGCAGAAGCGCCUGCCUCCACUCACAUUAAGCAGAGUGCUGGCUGUGCUCGAAUUCGCUACAGUCCCACACUACAGCAGCAGAACAGCAUCUCCUCUAAAGGUCUCAACGCAGACUUCAUCAUUCAGUAUGACGUGGACCUCAGGGACCUCAUGGGAGAAGUCCAGGUGCAUGAUGGCUACUUUGUGCAUUACUUUGCACCUAGAGGGCUUCCUGUGGUUCCUAAGGAUGUUAUAUUUGUCAUUGAUGUCAGUGGCUCAAUGAUAGGCACCAAAAUAAAACAGACCAAGCAGGCCAUGAGCACCAUUCUCGAGGACCUUAGAGAGGGAGACCACUUCAAUAUCAUCACCUUCUCAGACAAGGUUCACACUUGGAAGAAAGGGCGAACGGUGCGGGCAACUCGGCAAAAUGUACGAGACGCCAAAGACUUCGUGAAGCGGAUUAUUGCAGAAGGAUGGACCAAUAUCAAUGCAGCUCUGCUUUCAGCUGCACAGCUCGUAAACCCAUCCUCCUCCUCAUCCAACCACCUCUCAUCCCACCGUGUUCCUCUGGUAAUUUUCCUUACUGAUGGGGAGGCAACCAUUGGAGUAACAGCUGGUGACACCAUCCUUAGUAAUGCCAAAAAGGCUUUGGGCUCUGCUUCGCUGUUUGGCCUUGCCUUUGGAGACGAUGCAGACUUCCUGCUCCUGAAACGCUUGGCUCUGGAUAACCGAGGCGUCGCUAGGAUGGUGUAUGAGGAUGCAGACGCAGCCUUGCAGCUGAAGGGCUUCUAUGACGAAGUAGCCAGCCCUUUGCUAUCGGACAUCCAGCUGUCGUACCUGGACGAUCAGGCAUUUGACAUCACCCGCUCCCUGUUCCCAAACUACUUCCAAGGCUCUGAGCUGGUGGUCACUGGGAAGGUCAAACCAGGGGUAAAGGAUUUAAAGGUGUCAAUGUCCGCUACUGAUACGAAGCACCGCGUCAAGCUGGAGAACGAUGUGUUGAUUUCACAGGCAGAGUUGAAUGUGAGUGCAGAUUCAUUAGACUGUUCAGCUGGCUUAGAGGGAAUCUCCAGCUUUGUGCACCGUCUCUGGGCAUAUUUCACCAUCAAAGAGUUGCUGCUAGCCAAACUGAAUGCUACUGACCCUGCGAUUCAAAGGUUACUUGCAGAUAAGGCCACCAAUCUGUCCCUCAAAUAUAACUUUGUAACACCAGUCACUUCUUUAGUUGUAGUUAAGCCAGAUGCAGAUGAAGCAGCUCAAACUCCAACCACUGCAAAAACCACCACCGCAGCCACCAUAACCACAACUGCAACGACGACAGCUACAACCAAAAUAUCAGCUGCUGGUGCUGCAAGGAAGCCCGGCUCACCUUCUAUCCCCAGACCAAACAAAACAAAACCAGACCCGCCACAGCCACCUCCAAAUACACCACAAGCUAAAAAAAUCUCACACUCAACUACCACAGCAAAAACACCGUCCAAGAAAUCCACAACGACCACAAGUCCCAACUCCGUCAAAACUGCCCCAGCAUCAUUCUCUGGUAAAAAGUCCACUCCUGCCCACAAUGAUUCCAAAACUGCCUCUCCUUCAUCCAGUGGUAGGAUACCCACCUCUCUUCUUCAUGCUCUAAAAACAGCAUCACCCCCUGCACCUGGAAAAGUCUCCACUACUCAGCCCAACACGACAACCACCCCAGUGAUAACAUUCACCACCAGCACCACAGUUCCACCCGACCCUGCACCCCUGUCCGGGAGACCCCUUACUCCACAGCCCAGUACAGUGAGGACAGCCCUCGCUCCUGUCAAAGUGACUGUAACCUUCACAGAGACAGAAAACAGCACCAGAUCUGCUCCAGAUGUUCCUCAGCCUCAAACCACCACUGCUCUGUCCGAAGCACCGUCUCCACUCACCUCUCCCACUCCGGCACCGGCUCCGACUGUGGAAGACAAUGACACAAACGCAGAGACGGACUUGAGCAUCGCCACCUUUGUGUCGGCUACCUUUGCUCCCAUGCCUGGUGUAACAGAUGGGCCACGGCUGUGGGAAGCAGCAGGGCUUCUGGAUGUCUCUACUUUCAUUCAAAGAAAAGAUAUUGAACUUGUGAAAGACUAUGAUGCAACCUAUGACUAUGACUACGAUCUCAGUUAUGAUGCCUGGGACGAUACUGCAGACACAGGAUCAUUUGAACCUACGUCCAGACUGAGCACCAUCCGGGUCUUCUCUUCCUCAGUCGAUGGAGAUCCUCAUUUUGUGGUCCAGCUGCCGAAGCUGCGCCAGAACCUGUGCUUCACAGUAGAUGGCAAAGCUAAUGAUGUUCUCAGACUGUUAGAAGACCCAGACAGAGGGAUCAUCGUCGAUGGCCAUCUGAUUGGGGCUCCCACAAAGCUCGGUGCAGAAGAACGUUCUCGAACCUACUUCGACCAGCUCACCAUUUCCUCGGCCACAGGAGGCUCUGCUGACAUCACGAUUACCCUCUUAUUGGACGCUGUAGUGGUGGAGGGAGAAGGGCGGGAUACCCUUCCCAUCAAUCAGCAGGGAUCGGUGACGAGGAAGGGUGUGACGGUUGCUGUGGACAACCACCGGAGCUGCUGGAUCGAACUGGCCAAAGAUGUGCGGUUCCUGGUCCUGUUCCACCACUACAAACACCCCAACUACUUCCAGAUGGCUCACCUGGGAUUUUACAUCACAGAUGGCCGGGGUCUGUCCGCUUCAACCCAAGGCCUACUCGGUCAGUUUCAGCAUGCUGACAUGAGUGUCACUGUGGUGAAGGAUUAUCACGACGGAGGUGCUCACAGUGAGGCAGUUUCAGCCAGGGGGAUCCUGAGGUGGGGGUCAGAGCACAUGUCAGUCACCUUGCAAGACAAGACGCUGAAAGACACGGUGCGAAAACGCCACACGGGCAAGUGCUGGGUGGUGCACAAGGCGGAGGUAGAGCGACUACUGGGUCAUCCAUACGACAGCUACGUGGUGGAUCGCAUGUAAUCCUACCUGAGUCGGCUCAGGUCUCAGCAGUCAUAAUGGUGUGCGUACUGGACAAAGGAUGAGCAAGAACUGGGACUCCGUGAGGCUAAAAUGACACAUUGCCAGUCUCUGAAUGACACGUUCUAGUAUUCUGUAGGGAGGGGUGAAGCACAGGUGUGGUUAAACAAGAGGGAGAGGGGGGUGACACACUACAGACUGCAGUGGAAGAGGAAGCUGCACGCAAAGGAGCAACAAGGACGUGCGGUUUGACAGAUUUGACGAACUGAGCGAUGCUGCCGUUCUCUCCAUCGCUGAAUUUGAAUCGGCUUCAAGCUCCGUGUUCCGUGUCCGUGACAGAGACGCAACGCUCUCCUGUUCACAUGGCAACCACAAAAUGUCCAUUUGUGCUGCGGCGGUUUGCGCUUGCUCCAAAAUACACAAACUUCUGUCCACAAGUUCAAAGAUGUUUAUCAGAUUAUUAUAGAUUAUAUAUAUUUCUUGAGUGAAUGAUUAUUAGGCAAAGGCAGGUUCUUCUAUUUCAGAAUCAUCUGUAAUUAUUAAAACUGUAUCACUCUGUAAGCUGUAUUUUUUUUUUAGUACAAGUGUAUAUAAAAUAUUACUAUACGUAUGUGCAGAUAAUUUUCCCACAAGAGGUUACUUACCUGGAUGUAGUGAUUGCAUCUUCAAAAAGCAAGACAAAAUCAGGGUCUUUCCAGGUUUGCCAUGUGCUUUUUUAUUUUUCUAUCAUUUCAUUCAUAGUUUAAUUCAUUUUAUUUGUUACACAAGACAUUAGGCAUUGUUCACAUACUAGUGAUCAAACAAGGACAGUAAGUUUUCUACUACUCAGCCUGAACUAUUUCUUUUGUCAAUUUCAGGGGAUACUGUCAAUAGUGGUUUCCAAAAGCCAAACUGGAUUGAAAUUAAAACAGUACAACCACACGAGGCUUUUUGUUCUCAAUAAAUUAAAAAAAGAGAGAGGCUGAUGCUGAGGAAGGGCAGGGGAGGGAGGA